CGAACCUCCCCAGAACCCUCCAGAACCACCACUCUGACUCCUGUUUGUUUCGCUACUGAGAAUUCAAGGUCCUCACAACCUCGGGCAAUUCACAAUCUUUAAAUUGUUCCUCAGUCAGGGAUCCGACCACUUAAGCCCGCAAUCUCCUCGGUUACAGGUCCAAGAUGUCGGGUCAUCAUCAUCACGAUCACAGCGGACAUUGCCACGGAGAAGAUGGCCACGAUCAUUCCAACGACAUCACCCCCGCACUCCAGUCUCUCCUGUACUCCCAAAUCCAGUUUGAUUCGAUUACUACAUUGAACGAGGCAACUCCCAAGUCGGGCGCGGCGAUUGUAAAAAAGACAUGGUCUGAAAGGCUGAACGAUGAGCCGGAGCUCGAAAGCGAUGCAGAUGAGCAGCUUCUGAUGUAUAUCCCGUUCACCGGCCAAGUUAACGUCCACUCCCUCCUCAUCUACACCGCGCCUACAUCAUCCGCCCCCAAGACCCUGAAGCUGUUCAAGAACCGCGACGACCUGGACUUCUCAACGGCCUCGGAGCUAAAGCCCACGCAGAAGGUGGAUGUCCCCCAGCCAGUGCCUGGAGCGGAUGUCUUCGAGUUGCCAUUGAAUCGCGCGCAUUGGAACGCGACCACUUCCAUCACUUUGUUCUUCGAGGACAACUGGAGCGACGGGGAGGAAGACGUCACCAAUGUUGGCUACAUCGGCUUCAAGGGACAGUUUAUGGCUUUGAAUAGGGAACCCAUCAGUUUCCUCUACGAGGCAGCUGCCAAUCCGAAUGACCAUGUCGCUAUCCAGGGUGUGAAUGGUGUAGGCAGCAGAAUAUUGUGAGAGUGGUAGUCUCGUGGGAUCGUUGUGUGGUUGGAGGUCAUUGAUUGUAGGCAUCGCAUGGUGGCUCGAUGUUUGCCAAGAAGAUCAAAUGUCGGCGACGGUUGGGACUAACUAGCCAGAGCUGCAACUCUCGCUUGGUUAUGGAGCUGGACUCUACUGAGACAAUGCGUGUGAUUCCAUGUUCAGCUGUCUAGUUACUAGCGUGCAAGUAGCAAUGAAUCUAAC